AUGUUUAAGCCAGCCGGGCAUGUAUUGGUGUGCGCUGCGACGGUGGCCUCCCACCUGGACAUACCGAGCUUUGCGUUCUCCGUCUACAGUCCGGCGUCGUUCGCUUAUUUUGUCGGCCAUUGCAAGGCAGCAGAGAGUAGCAGGGACAUGAAGGCGGAAGAUUUGACCCAAUCUCCGACGGAUUAUCCGCUGCCUAUCAUCUCAUGGAGACGGUUCGAAGCGCGCCUCGUCUUGAGCAACUUCAUUGCAUUCGCCGACCGUGUGUGGGCGUGUUGCCAGCAGUCGUGUGGAAUAGUGAUAAAGUCGUGCUUUGAAGAGGAGGACAAGUAUCUGCAACACUUAAACCAUCUCACCGGAAAGCCAGUGAUUUCCAUUGGUCCAUUAAUGAUUCUUGAAGACGCUGCGCCAAGGGAGGAUACGUCUGGAAAUUACCUGAUAGAGUGGCUGGAUAAGCAACGACCCUCGUCGGUUUUGUUUGUAGCCUUCGGAAGCGAGUCGUUUCUGUCGGCGGAGCAGAUAAGGGAAUUGGCGGUGGCACUGGAGGACAUCGGGCUGCCCUUUCUCUGGUCUUUGCGAUCUUCUGACGUGACGUCCUCUGCGUUGUCGUUGUUGCCCGAGGGUUUUGAAGGCCGGACACGUGACCGGGGGCUGGUCGUUGGCGGUUGGGUGCCUCAGGUGAGUAUCAUUUCCCAUCCUUCCGUGGGAAGCUAUGUGACCCAGGGCGGGUGGAGCUCGGUGAUGGAAGCAUGGCUCUACUCCGGUUUACCGCUGGUUUUAAUUCCGUUGCGGCAUGACCAGGGUCUUAACUGUCGACAGAUUGCGCUGGAAUUGAACGCGGGAAUUGAGGUGGAGAGGAAUGAGGAGGGGUGUUUUAGCAGGGAGGACGUAUGUAAGGCAGUUUUGAUGGUGAUGGGUAAAGGAGAGAAAGGGGAGCAGAUUCGAUCGAGGGUGAGAGAACUACGUGGUGUUAUAGCACUCAACAGAGAACGUCAACAGGCGUAUAUGAGAGAGCUAGUUAACCACAUGAAGGAGUUUCUCAUUUCGCGUAAUGUAAAGUAUGUGCAGCCAAAACUUGUUUACGACUAUCAACUUGCACUGAAAGGAGGUGUAAGGGUUAAGUAUAUAGGGAAGUAUUUGUAA